AUGUUCCACAAUUGCUCAUUUCAAUGCAGUCAUAUCGCUCAAUUACAGAAUCGGAUCAAGUCGCUUGAGUCACAGCUCCGAGCAGCGCAAGACAGGCCUGCCGAUGGGUCUCCUCUGGGCAACGAGGAGCAAGCCAGAGAAGAAUCACCUAUGAGGCUGCCGGAAGCAGAGCCUCCGGGCUCACCAGCAGCCACGAGAGAGUUCGCCAAUACUUUAGUGACCUCUGAGCCACAGAUCAAAAUCCGCCGUUACGGCCACGCAGCCUAUCUCGGCCAUAGCUCGACACUCAGCUUCAGCCGCAAUGUUCGAAACCUUCUUCAGUCUUCGACUCCUAUCGCAGAUCCGGGUAGUGUAUCUAUAGAGCGCGAAGAUGUAUCCUACAGUUCUCCUCUCCCACCUCUUGCACUAGACCUCACAAAAGUCCCAUUACCCCAACUCUCUUAUGCAGAAUACUUGACCAACACUAUUGUUCUAACCUUUGGGUCACUAUACUCUUUGUUCGACGCCGAAGCGUUUCUGGAGAAGCUGAGAAUGUUCUACUCGGAACGUGCUACAGGAACUGUCCCGAACCCAUGCCUCUGGCAUAUUCAGAUGCUUCUAGUCCUAGGUCUCGGUAAGUCGAUACUCAGCCGAGAACAUUCGCAGUCGGGACCCGCAGGAAUGGUGUACUUCGCCAGCGCUAUCGAAGCCAUGUCAGAUAUUCGCAGACUCUACCAGAGCCCUUUCCUAUCAAUGGAGAUUCUCAGUCUGACAGCUCUAUUCAUGCACGCAACAGACAUGCUUCAAGAGGCCUACGUAACGAUCGGCAACGCUUUACGUAUUGGGACAACCAAGAUAAUGAAUGUGUCAAUGCCCGAAGCAUUGAGACCACCAAACGUCGAGUACCAAAGGAGGCUCUGGUGGACAGUCUACUGCAUAGACAGAAAAACCGCUGCCAUGCUGGGAAGCACUAUGGUAGUCCGAGACGAUGACAUCUCCAUACCUUUCCCUAAAACGAAGGCCGGGGAUGAGGUCCAGAACAUCUUUGCUAUCCACGUCACUCUCUCAUCCCACCUCGGGAGGAUUCUCGACGUCAUAUACGGAGUACACAAUCAAAAGCAGCGAACCUUUGUGACACAAGUCAGAGAAAUCCUUGAACGUCUGGUAGAGACUCUUGUUGUCCUACGAGAACACUUGGACUUGGACCUGGACGCGCCGUCGCAGCCCCUCACCCGCGAUGCUGCCACUUUACACCUGCUUCUUCAUCAAGUUCGUGAGAGCACCAAACAUUCGAGAGUCAUGACGCUGAUCAGAGGUACACCGUUAUUGAGUCUGGAUACCUUGGAAGGGCGAAUCCGGCAACCUCCGUCUAUCUUUGACUCGAUGCUGAAAAUGUGUGUCGAGUCGGCGAUCCAAAUUCUCAAGAUCAUGGCUGCGCUGAAACAGCAGAUGAUGUGCGAUAUCUUCCUACCCUACGACAUAGACGCCCUAUUUUCUGCAGCCUUUGCGCUAGUCUUGAUAGAUAUCAUCCGACCCGCGAAUGAACUGCUGUGGGACUUGCCUCAGGCCAUACACCUACUCGACGAAUACGUGUCACGGCAUGUGGCGCCUGCACAGGCUUACCGGUCAGAUCUAUUACAGCUUGUGGAGCUGCACACCAAGCUUCGUGGCAGCGGCGAUAUCGCAGACGCACACCGGCAAGAUGAAGGCCAGGAAGCGGAAAGCAACGCUAGACACACUCCUAGUAUGGUUAGAAACGCCAUCGCUAAUGUAGAUCCAUCGGGGGCCUCCGGCAGCCCGGUAUGGUCGCAAGUUCGACCUGGUAAUGAUGGUUCUGCGCCGACGAAUCUGGAGACAAUGAUGUCUGUUAUAGACGACCUGAAUGUUCACGAGUCAGAUAUUAUCGAUGCCGCAAUGCUCGAGGGCGGCUGGAUGUGGGAGGAUGACAACAUGUGGACGGCUGCAUAG